GACCGCAGAGGAUUAUGGGUAGACAGCGGAAGUAAGAUGGCGGAGGUGACAGAUGAGGAGAAACCUGAUGUUGCUCCUCCAGUGUUUGUGUUUCAGAAAGAUAAAGCACAAAAGAGGUCAGCAGAGGGAUCCAGCACAGAUGAUGGAGAGGACUCUGAUAAAGAAGACUGCGGUUACAGUCCUGCUGCCAAAAGAGGAAGACGAUGUCAUUCCGUUUCAAAGAAUAAUGUUUUCAUGCCACCCAGUUUCUGCCCGUCACCAACCGGAAACUCAGACUCAGAACCUGAAGAGAAGACUGUGGGGUUUCGCCUGAAGCCCCCGACUCUUAUCCACGGUCAGGCCCCGAGCACUGGUGUCCCCAGCCCCAAACCCAAAGAAGCCCAGCGCAGCAUCCUGAGACCUCCAGUGCUGCAGCCCCCUCCGGCGCGAUCCCCCCCUCAGAACAACACAAGCAGAAGCAGUUCAAACAGAGCUGAAAACCUCUCUGAUGGAGGAGCAGAAUGUGACGGUAACUCUGCUGGCUCACAGGAUAAUGACCUGUCUUUGGUAAAGAACAACAGCACUUUUGAGCACAAAACAGAAGACAACACUGAAGGUGCCCCAGUUGAAGGCAGUUUUGUUUUUGGGCAAAAUAUGAAAGACAGAGCAAAGGUGGCCAAUAGCUGUGUCUUAUCUGAGAGUGGAGAUUGUCCUCUGGCUGAAAAUUCAGAGGAAACAAAUUACUUCUUGCAGUACAACUCUUCCAGUCCACAAAAACCUGAUAUCAGCAAUGCCAACAGCGUGAAGUUUGUCUUUGGGCAGAACAUGUCGGAUCGUGUCUUGGCACAGCCGAAAUUCAGCAGAGACCCUCAGCCAGAGAUGGGCCUGUUCAGCCAGAUUUCCUCCUCACAAGAUCAAACUGUGGAGAAGAGUGACACCAUGAAAGAGUCUCUGGAGGAGUCGGCGGCACGACACGAAGCACACAAACCGCAGAAGUGUUUAUUAGAGCGGGUGGAGGUCAGGACAGGAGAGGAGUCGGAGAGCAACGUGCUGCAGAUGCAGUGUAAGCUGUUUGUGUUUGAGAUGACGUCUCAGUCGUGGGUGGAGAGAGGAUGUGGAGUGCUCCGACUCAAUGACAUCGCAUCCGCUGAUGACGGCACCUUACAGUCCAGACUGGUCAUGCGGACUCAGGGAAGCCUUCGGGUGAUCCUCAACACUAAGCUUUGGCCUCAGAUGCAAGUGGAUAAAGCCAGUGAGAAGAGUCUCAGAGUAACCGCCAUGGACACAGAGGAGCAGGACGUCAAAGUCUUCCUCAUAUCUUCCAGCUCGAAGGACGCUGCGCAGCUGUUUGCAGCCCUGCACCAUCGUGUCCUGGCACUGCGGAGCACCAGCGGCCAGGAGUCUGACGUCCGUCCAGCCGUCCGCUUCAGUGAUGACGACGAGUCCCGCACGCCCCCCACAUCGGCUACGCCCGCUCCAGGUAAUCUGGAGGCAGGUGUGUGUCCAUCCACAGGGGACACAUAGUGAUGAGCCUGCUGCUGAUUUCUAUCCCACAAUGCCUCACUGCAGCACUUUGAUCCGCUCAAAUACUAUGCAGGUGGUUUUUUUCUCCAAAAUCUUUCAGGUGUACUGUAGUCUUGUGUUCAGCUGGUUUUAUUUAUUGCAUUUUAACAGCAAAAAAUCUCAUCUUCAGGACUGGACACAUAACACUCUUAAUGUCAUCAUAUUGAUGAAAAAGAGAGGCUCUUAGUGUUUUAGUAAACUGCUUUUCCAUUCUAAAUGUGAACAUAAUUACUCCAUUUCCUGCUGAGAAACCAAACACAGAUGUUCGUGUGUCCCAUCUCAUCUUCCAUCACGGAUCUGCUCCGUUUCAGCCGCAUGAUCCCUCACUUCCUCUCUUUAGAUCUCCGAAUGACUUCGCUUGAUUUAGUUUCCUCAUAAAGUGCUGGAGAUCAGUACAGUAUUAAAAGAGCGCUGACCGUUCAUGUCUGAUAUCUUAUAAACAUUUCCGAAUCAGACGUUUCACACUGCAGCUUUAAGUGGACCUCAUUUAUUAUUCAUGUUAUAUCAAAUUAGUUUAGUCUCUUUAUUUAAAGGAAAAUUCACCUAUAAAUGAAAAUUCAGUUGUGACUCUUGUUGUUUCAAAGAUGAAAAUAGGACAUAUUUUUGAGGAUUCUGUCAAAGCAACAGAAUAUGGGUUUGGAUGCAUAAACGCUGACAGAGUUUUUAUUUCGGGGUGAAAUGUUUUAGCUUUUACUUAUCAUUGCGGUUAGGUUAACCUCAAACAGAAGGAACCAUUGUACAAAUACUUAGUGUAAAUUAUUCUCCUGUUUCAAUGCAAUAGUACCUUUUCACACAGUAUAUUUUUAUGAAUAUGUCCUGUAAAUCAAGAUAUUAUUGUAUAGUUUAGGAUGGAGAGUUUUAUAGCAAAAUUUCUUGUUAAUGACAUUAUCAUAAUAUGGGUUCUGUAUUGUUACUACAGUAAUACUAAAUGUUAUUUUUCUCACCUAAAUAUUUGUUUAUCGAGGAGUUUUUGUCAUAGGUUAGUGAAUAACUAAAAGAAAGUUGGGCAGCAUAUUUUAAAUGUGAUUGUGGAGCUACAGAACUGGACUAUUGGGGAAAUCUCACAGAAUCUGUCAGGGUUGCAUUUCACACUAAAAUAGGAUAAGUAAAGAAAUACUCCAACCAAACAUUUUCAUUUAUAUGAAUUUGUUUCGGAUACGAAUUCUCUGCAGUGAAUGGGUGCCGUCAAUAUGAGAGUUUAAACAGCUGAUAAAAGAAAUCACAAUAAUCCAGACGAUUAGUCCAUCAAUUAAUAUUGUGUGACGUAAAAAGAAACAAAUCCUCCAUUAAGUCAUUUUUAACUUCAUAUCCAUAAUAAUGUUUUCUUCAGUGAGAAAGUAUUCUUGUCUGAAUCAGGAGAGAAAUAUGCACAGAUGAUUUACAAGUGAGAACAGAUCUAAACAAACAUAUCUGUGGAUUUUGAAGUGGGAGGAGUUUCACUGGAGGAAGCAUUAUUAUGGAUUAGGAAAUCAUAUUUGGGUCAGUUUAAAGUUAAAAUGUUUUGAUGAUGAAUUUGUUUCUUAUUGACAUGCAGUUAUAUUAUUUCAUAUUAUAAAAGGUAUACAAUUCUUAAAUAUAUUCAAUUAUUUGACCGUUUUAUACAGUUAAAAGAGUUUUUAAUAAGCAAAACCUGCUACAUCUUAAGUUAUAGAGGGCAGUUUGGAUCAUUACAAAUGAUUUUAAUGUAAUUUCAAAUUAUUGUAAUAUAAUUGAAUCCUAUAUUUAAUGUAACUGAAUAAAUUAGUCAGUUAUAUUGCAAUAAUUUUUUUCCUGUUGACUUUGUGAUGAAAUGCAACCAAUGUAUUUUUUGUGUGAUUUGCCCUGCUGUAAAGUGUUUUUUUUUUUUUUUUUUUUUUUUUAUUUUUUUUUUUGAAGAAGAAGAAGAAGAAGAAGCAAAACCUGCUUCAUCUUAAAUUGUAAAGGCAGUUUGUCAGCUAGUGUGGGUCAGACGUCACUCAUGAGGCACAUUACUGCCUAACAACACACAGAAACCUGUGACUCUCACACAAUGUAGUUAAAGGAGGGCUUUUCCCACUCUGCUGCUGAAUAUCUUCAAUACACUGCCAGCGAUAGGUACUCAGUUGUAGCAUACGCUCAGAAUGUGAACAUAGAAAACAAUGUUAGGUGCAUUGUCUGUUUCUGACCACAUGUGCACAGGAAGCAGAUGAUGCAUUGCUCCGUCCUGCUCUUCACACACAAUCUUCAGGACAGUUGAAGAGCAGGGUGUGAAGCAUCUGACCGUGUGGAAAAGACUAUGAAGAAAGUGAUGAAAUGAUCAUCCUUCAGUCUGUUUUUCACCUAUAUUUGUUCACACUAGAACAGGUUACAUUUAGUAAUUUUAUAAUAGGAUACUCUUGAACUACAGUAUUGUUAAAAAUUAAACAAGUGAUAUGUAGAUAUGUUAUUAAACAAGCAUUUGUUACAAAUUUAGCAAGUUUAAAAGCUAAAAAAAUACUUUUUUUGUCCUGUUUGCAGAGGUUUUAGUGUUUAUACCGACUAUAGCACUUAAUUGUUGUGUUGUGUGUUCGUAUUUGUGUUGAACCUGCUUUCCUUCUAAUAUUGCGUUCUGUUGUUCUGCUGCAGAAUUAAUGUGUUUUUCCAUUCAGUUUGAUGUUUCUCAUCAAUACGAAAGGACUGGCAGGGCUAAAGAUUUACAAAACCCAUGUUUGCUUGCUGCGGGUUGAUUGCUGUAAAUGUCUGUAAAUGUUUACAUUUUGUGUGUUGCAGCAGAUGUUCUAGAAGACAUAUUUUUCUUUUUUCGGUGGGGUUGACUGUGUAGACCUCAGAUAGACUGUGAACACGCCGGUGCUAUUUCUGUUCCAGAACAGCUCAACUGCACUGGUCUUGUGGUUUAAAUACACAAUUUUGCUCUGGUGGGAGCGUUUAGAGAUCGUUUAGAAGGGCUAGGCUGCUAUUGGACUGUUGAUUUCACUGGGAUAAGUAUGUCUUUUUGUUACCUAUGAUUUUGAAACGUCAAAUGUGGAUAUAUGUUUGGUCUGUAAGAGACAUUUCUGUUUUCUGUUAACCUUGUGACAAGUUAUAAAACCCUGUAAAAUGCAAAAAAAAAAAAAAAAUGCCGUUUUCCUCCCUCUUUUAUUUUUUCAUUCAUUAUUCAUCCAGCAUCAUUUUCUUUUCUCAGUAAAAGAAUAUUACAUUCA